CUUUCUCGUUCUUUCUGAAAUCAACAUUUCUUUCUCUGCUGCCGGGUGCCGGCCCUCACCUUCUUCAAGCAUGGCAGCACUUUCUUCAACCUUCGCCAUCUCCAACAGCAACGACAACCAAACAUGGCACCACUACAUUCAUUGCAACAAAAUCCCUUCUUUCGAAUGCAACAACACUCUUCCUAUUCUCCGCAAAACCCUCUCUUUCAGGAUCCACUGCACUGCCCCUGAGCCUCUCGGUUAUUCAGUAGCUCCUUUGGAACGCACCACAUUCGAUGAUCCUCCUAAGACCGAGAUUGGCGGAGGUGAUGGCGGUGAUGGUGGAGGACGUGGCGGCGGCGGCGGCGGCGGUGGUGAUAGCGGUGGAGAAGCAGGAGGGAACGAUGGAGAUGAAGAGUUCGGGGCUCUGUUGAAUUUCGAAGCGGUUAUGAAGGAAGCGGAAUCUCGUGGUGUGAAGCUUCCUUCGGAUAUGGUGGAGGCAGCGAAGACCACCGGCAUUCGAGAAAUGUUCCUCCAACGUUACUUGGAUUUACAGGGUUCGGCUUGGCCACUAUCGUUUAUGAUGAAGCACUGUUCUAUUCUGAGAAACCGAAUGCUUGCUGAUCCUUCUUUUCUAUUUAAAGUUGGAAUAGAGGUUUUGAUAGACACUUGUUGUGCAACCUAUGCUGAGUAUAAGCAAAGAGGCAAAGACUUUUGGGCUGAGAAAGAGUUGGUUGCUGCCGAUGUUCUGGUUGGAGAUGUUGUUGACAUUGCUUUGGUGACCUUGUUAGCACCCUAUGCUCGAAUCGGGAAGCUUUCUGUGUCCAAAGGUUUGCUUGGACACAUUCAACAUGCUUGUGCAGCUCUUCCCAGCAGUGUAUUUGAAGCUCAAAGGCCGGGAUGUAAAUUCACUGUGAUGCAGCGCGUUGCCACAUACUUCUACAAGGGUGCAUUGUACGGAUCCGUUGGCUUUGGAUGUGGUAUUAUCGGUCAAGGAUUUGCAAAUAUGCUCAUGAAUGCUAAAAGGAGCAUUAGGAAAUCUGAAGAGGACAUACCUGUACCCCCACUUCUGCCAAGUGCUGCUCUUUGGGGUUUCUUCCUUGCCGUGUCAUCCAACACCCGGUACCAAAUCAUUAAUGGAAUGGAGCAGCUUGUUGAAGCCUCUCCUUUGGCAAAGAAGGCCCCGGUCGUUGCAAUGGCUUUCACGGUAGGUGUGAGAUUUGGCAAUAACAUCUAUGGCGGCAUGCAGUUUGUAGAUUGGGCCAAACGGAGUGGCAUACAAUGAGUGGCCCCUUAAUUAUCUCAAAUUUCCACCCCAUUUUUUUAAGGUUUUCUUGUCCGGCUGUCCCUGGCUGAAAGGGUUCCCACUCAACUUGAGUAGUAAUGAAGUUCCCUCAAUGUUUUUCACUCUUGAAUCUUUUGGGGCAUCCCUUGAUUGAAAGGGCAAGUCUUCCCUAAAAUCCAAACACUUAGAAAUUGUUUCUUGAGUAUCAAGAAACCAGAGUUCCUCUGUAUGUAGAAAUGCAUAGCAUAUAGUUUUUAAGCUCUUUUGGUACACGGGGGAAAGGGAAGGAGAAUGUUUAUCAAUAUUAGUAAUACAGUGUAUUUUUAUUUCACAAGUUUGCAUAUGCGAACACUAGGCUUAUAUAUUACUGCUAUUAGCCUA